CACCUGCAGGAUCGAUGUGCUCAUUGUCAAACUUCAAAACAUUCAGCUAAACAUUCGGUAUUUAUUGGUGGUUUAAGUAGUUUGUGUUUCGAGUUUUCGCUUUAUUUCAUCAUGUCUGAUCCUAGCUCCAAAGACACCGUGCUCAAAACUGCGAUGUUAUACGUUUGCGGAGAAUGUCACCACGAGAAUGAAAUGCGCCCGCGAGAUCCGAUCCGUUGCCGUGAAUGUGGCUAUCGUAUUAUGUACAAAAAGCGUACAAAGCGAUUGGUUGUAUUCGACGCCCGCUAGUUGAAUGGUCAUGGUGCGUGGUAGAGUAUAGUCUCAUUAAGGUAUUCUGAAGAACUGUUUACAUGGCUUUAUAAAUCGAUAAGCGAGUUGUAAGAAUAAUUCAAUCAGAUUUAGGAUGUUUGAAUAAAUGUAAAUAAAACAA